CUAAAAUAUAUGGCUAAAACAAAAAGUUCUCGCUUAUCAGAAACCCUCAUUUUCCAAGCCCCACGAAUCUAAAUUUCAUUCAACCUCCGACGACAUCAACGCCAAUUAAGAAAUCCCUAAACUUUCUUCUUCUCACCAACCAACAAGUCGCAAAAAUGGAAAACGACAAGGGAGAACUCGUUGAUCUGUACGUUUUAUCCAAAUUUCGAUAUGCGAUCAAUUGCUUCGUUGGAACAUCUUUAAAAAUGGAUUCUAACCUUUAAUUCUUAUACAGUUACGUUCCACGUAAAUGCAGCGCAACCAACCGUAUCAUCAAGGCCAAGGACCACGGAUCCGUUCAAAUCUCCAUCGCAAAGGUUGAUGAGAACGGACGCGCUACCGGCGAGAACCAAGUUUAUGCUCUCUGCGGUUUCAUCAGAGCUAUGGGGGAGAGUGAUGAUUCUUUGAACAGAUUGGCUCAACGUGAUGGUUUGUUGAAGAACGUCUGGAGUGGUCAAUCCCAAAGAUAAAUAAAUUCGCACUUUUCGGUUCUUUCGGUAUGAUUUCCUCGAUUCGAUACGAUUUUCGAAGUUAUAAAUGUUUGGAUUUGGACUGAUUGGCUUUGAAUAGAUUUGGCAAUUUCUGGCUGGGAUACCUGGGAAGGAUGGGAUUGAAGAAGUGGAGGAUGUACAUCUAGUGAAGGAAGGAUGAGCUUUACGGCCAUCAUAUGCUGAGAUAGUCACUUCACAUUUGUGAUUACGAAUCAACGACACAUUCACAUCCAACAAAUAUAUUUUCUUCUUUUUUGU